CCAUUUCAUCAACACAAACUAAAUAUAUAUUGUGAUCAAACUAGUAAGAAAUCAAAAGAUGGACGGCAAAACUGUGAUUCUAAGUGUUCUCAUAAUGAGUUUGGUCAUCGCACAAAUUCAAGUGGAAGCAAAGAGUUGCUGCCCGUCUCAGAGUGCUAGAAAUAUCUUUAAUGUUUGCCGUCUUGGGGGAUCCGACCAAUUCUUUUGUGCAUCACUCAGUGGAUGCGGAAUCAUUGGUGGGAAAACAUGUCCGAACGGAUAUCAACAUGACACUCUCCAACGCUCAGGUGAUGCUAUUGCUGUCAAUGAAUACUGCAAGUUGGGUUGUGCAUCUUCAUUGUGCGGUGCCAUGAACACACUCCAAAUCUCUGAUGCGAGUGAAAUAGUGAAUGGAGCGGUAGCACAAUGCGCAAAGGCAUGUUCUACUUUCUGCGCCAAGGGCUCUUCAACUGUUGUUGAGACUGCCUAAACAAGCAUAUCCAAGUUUCAGAGUUUUAUUCUCCUUGUUUUCAACAAUUAUGUGUAUGUGACAAAAAAUGCUAGACUUUGGUGAUAGUAUUUGAAUAACUUAUUUCCAGUUUGUAUAUUUGUCAUA